AUGCAAAAGUUGGUUCGAGAAAAAGAGGAUGCAGUGCGUCAGCUCUCAGAGGCCAAAAUGCUGCAUGAAAAUCAAUUGAAUUCAGUUAUCCAAGAAAGAGAUGUGUAUAAGAAAAAGUGUUGGAUUGCACAGUCUGAUAAGAUAAGAAGUGAAGAUAAGCUAUCCAGCAUCACGAAAUUGUAUAAAGCGAGUGAAAGGGAAGUGGAGAGAUUGAAGAAGGAGGUUGCGCAACAGAGGAAAUACUUGAGAGACUUUAAGGAAAAAGUUGGGAAAGAAGGGAAAAAAGAAGAAAAAGCAAGAGAUCUUGUUCGAUUCAAAGAAUAUGACUCCCUUCGACACGCUCCAACUAUGGCUGAUAGAGUUGAAAAAGGAAUCACAGCUCUAGGAACCAUAGCAGGGCAAUCAAACUCCAGAUUCUUCUACCGCCAUAUCUGCGACUCUCUCAAUAAGCACCAACUUCAAAAGUUCAAGUUCUCAGCUUACGAGGGAUUCCAGAUGUACCACGAUCUAAACUUCACAAGAAAUCAGUUCGCCGGGUUAAAAAAAUGGCUGAAAAAUUUUGAUAUGUAUGAUCCACUCCCCUCACUUCGAAGAAUAAAAGAAAUAGAGGAAAUAGUCGGAUCCAAGGAAUUUUUCACAGUCACACAAAAAAAAGUGUCAAAUGGAAAUGGUGGUGAGAAAACAGUGACAGCUGCCUAUCUCAACAACUUGCAACAAGCCGUGAACGAUAGAGUUCAGCAGUUGUUUGAUAGUGAAAAAUUGUUGUUUGAUGAAAGCACAAAAGAUGGAAUAUGGGUUACAAUUCUUGGUGACAAGGGUGGGGAAGAAGUGAAGUUAUGCCUUGCCAUCGGCAACACUUCCACUCCGAACAGUGCCAACAACCUUCUUCCUCUUGGCAUCUACAAUGACGAUGAAUCAGCAGAGAAAGUGAUGGAGUUCUUAGGCCCUGUAGUUGAGCAGCUGAAUCAAUUAACUGAUGUUCAAGUAAAAAUUGGGGAAGAACUGGUUAAAAUUCCAGUUCAGCAAUUUCUUGUGGGGGACAUGAAGUUUAAUUAUGAAAUGAUAGGGCAUCAAGGGGCAGCUGCAGCUUGCAGUUGUCUCUAUUGCUAUUGUCCGGGACGACAAAAAAUUUCUAACUACAAGAGAGGAGAGAAAUGCAUGCUUCGCACCGAAACUGGCUACUUUCUGAACAGUUUGAAAAGUGGAACGGCAAGAAAAAGCGUGAAAGAAGGGUCCUCAUUCAUUUUUAAACUAGUCCCCCUAAAAAGAAUUGUUCCCUCAAGUCUCCAUAUUGUUAUGGGCUUAGCUCAAACAUAUGGUUUUAACAUCAUUAAACAGUUAGCCGACAGCCAAGACGCUGCUGAACCGACCCCUCUACCUAAAUCUUCUCAGAAACUGAAAAGAGAAGGAAAAGAAGGACUAGAGGAAUCUGAGAGAUUAGUGAAGGAUUGUGAUCUACAUAUUACCUCAAUGGAAUGUGUCAAGAAAUCUUAUGAAAACAUCAUUCUUAAAACUAUCAACGAUUCUGGGUUAGAAGAAGGAGAAUGUGCAUCAAAAAUGUGUGUCUUUCGAGACUCAGCUAUGGAUACUGCCUCGUUUUUUACUGCAUCUACAGUGAAAUGCAAUGGUUGUCACCUGACUCACCAUUCGGUGUGCUCCGGAAUGUGGACAGUCGACGAAAUCGAGCAGACGCAGCGCCCAGGCUCCUUUGUGCAGUGUUUCGACUGCCUUCGCUUCUCGCCUACCAAAGUCUUCGAAUCUUCCUCGAAACUUGUCGAAUACCUGAAAUUGGAACGUAUUAAACGUUUCGAUAAAUCUGAGACAAUUCGAAAAAAUUUGAGAAGCGGAUAG